AUGAGUUCGAGUAGCGUCAGCAGUGAUCUCUUGAUGGCUCCAGCUCAAUUGAAUAUUUAUUUGGGACUUCUCAUUUACAUAACUGGUUUUAUUGGCAGUAUUGGUAAUCUGAUCGUAUAUAGAUCACGCUCAUUACGUAUCCGAGCUUGCUCUAUCUAUUUAUUUUGGGAAGCUUUAGUCGAUUUGAUCUAUCUAAAUUCUGUGCUCCUAACACGCAUAUUGCAGAAAGGUUUUGGAAUUUCCAUCACGUCACGUAGUGAUGUUUUAUGUAAAAUUCGUCAAUUUGCCUCGAGUUACGGAAAUCAGCUUGUAGUCACCUUCUUGGCAUUGGCUACACUCGAUAGAAUUCUAUUAGCACAGCGCUCGACUGCCUACCGACGAUGGGCUAAUCGCUUAGAUUUGGCUAACAAGUUAGUAGCAGUGUUUUCGGUUGUAUGGAUUCUGGUUCUAUGGCAUCGCCUUGUCUGGUAUAGUGCAUCAAGCGGAUCAUGUGGAGGCCAAUCAGGAUCGUAUGCAUACUUCGAUAACUUGUUUAGCGCUAUCGUGACUUGUUUGUGUCCGAUGAUCCUUCUGACUGUGCUCGGUGUUCUAAUCGGCCGAAGCAUCCGCAAUAUCAUUCAACAACGAAUAGGACGUAUGACUGCUAUCAGUGAAUCAGUCACUGCUAACCAAUCAGUUAUUCAAAAAGUCGAUGCACAACUAACGAUCAUGAUUUUGAUGCAAAUUGUUGUUGCAAUGAUCUCUUUUUUGCCAUAUGCAGCACAAUUAUUAUACAGUAACAUUACUAACGGCUGGUCAAAAUCACCUUCACGAGCUGCUUGGGAAACAGUCAUUUCAGAAGCUAUCAAUCUCCUAUCGUAUCUACUGUUCAGUUGUUCAUUUUAUGUUACAAUGGUUUCAUUCAGUGGCUUUCGUCAACAACUUUUACGUUCACUGGGCCUGAAGAAACAACAUGCGGUUAAUUUUUAA